GCUCUCAUCGAGCUCAAAGGGUGGCUUCCAUCUACAAAGUAGCGGCCAACAUGGCAGAGCACCUUGCUUCCGUGCAAGAGGAAACCACCACCAGCGUCGCUGCUUCCUGCCCGCCGAGCAGCACCUACCGCGAGUCCAUCCGGAGCGUCACCUGGCCCCAAUGGCAGAUCAGGUCGGCCGGCUCCUCCCAGUCCGGUCAGAGCGGAUCCACCUACUCCAGCAUCUCCGGCGCCUCGAGCUCUUCCGCAGCGGACUUCGGCGCCGAGGAGCUCACGGAGAUCGCUCGCAGAAUGGUGAGCGACGGCUACACCCAGCGCAUGGUCCAAGCAUUCACUUCCAAAGACGGUGCCCUGCAAAAUUGGUUCGUCGAGCUCGACGUCGAUUGGGUUCUCGAAAUCCGCGGGGGCUAUGGCGGCUCACGGAGGCGGCUCGAGCUCCUGCUCCAAAACUCGUCUGCGUCGUGGCGACAAGAAUUAAUCGACAGGUGGGUCCGGGCUCUCACCAUAAUUGUCGUCAGUACCAGCAAAGAGCUGGUCGCCGGCGUCCACGAUACUCUCGCGGCCGCACGGUUUGGCAAAGCCAGCAUCUCAGCAAUGCUUGUCGUUGUCGCGCCAAUCCUCGCCGUUCUCAAGGUGGAGAAUCUACAAGCGGUGCUGCACAUGUAUAUCUGUGUCUCCAGUGCAUCACGUGACUUGGGUGCGACGCACGUGGUAACUUCGGAGGCCCAGAGCAUUUUCAACGAGAUAUGCGUCUUGCUGGAGAGAGAAGAGAGCAGGUUAAUUGAGACAAUAUCAAACAGUCUGUCGAAGAUGAGGAUGACACUCAUCUGUGACGACUCCUGGGUCAUGGACAUUCUGCGAGGAGGAGGCGAGGUUCAUAGGAAAAUUCAGUUUUGGGUGGGCUGCAUAGUGUUGAUGAGGAAAGCGCAUGAAUCAAUGCAGAAGAGUUCUACACAGAGCCACAAGGCAGAAAACCUCCGUCGACUGAUAGAUGGCACCAUUGAUUAUACAAAGGAGCUGCUUCUGAGAAAAUCAGAGUUCUGCAGCGAUCCAAGCCUCAGGUACAUGUUCCGGCUCAACAACUCUUAUUUUGUAGCGCAUGAGGUGCCUGAACCAUCGGUAUCGUUAGAUCUUGGCCUGGGCUCUGGACACCACCACCGGGGACUUGAACUUACACCUGAAUGUGAGCAGUACAUGAAAAGCUAUUUCGAUGUUUCGUGGGGACAUGUGUUGUCAUGUAUACUGCAAUCAGAUUCUCCAGGACAACCAAAAAGGCGGAAGAAAAACUCUUCGCUGGCCAAAUUUCAGUCAGAGUUUCAUAAAACGUACCAAGCUCAGAAGUUCUGGAAGGUUCCGGAUCCUCAGCUCCGAUCCUUAAUGCGGGAAACUAUCACCAAAAGAGUCAUUCCAGGUUACCGCGACUACUUGAAGGAGCAUCCGGAACUCGAGAAACAGGAUAGCGGUGGAAGCAACAGUCCCGCGGUUUUGGAGGAGAUGCUGGGGGAGUUGUUCGAAGGUUGA